AUGCGCAAUCAUAAUGCAACUUGGCUAAUAAAAAAUAAAACUAUGCCAGGAGAAUAUUGUCAUUUAAGUUUACCUGACGAUUAUAGUUUAAAUUGGUUUAUUGUACAUGCAUCACUUGCUUUCGUUGGAUUAUUCUAUGCACUACUUGGUUAUCGUUGGUGGCGAUUUACGAUGUUCGUAACAUCGUUCAGUCUUGGAUCUCUUCUGCUAUUUAUUAUCUUAUCAACGCAACCAACAAUGACUGAAUCGCAAUUAAUUGGUGUAUCAUGUUCAAUUGCAACAUUAUUUGGACUAAUUGGUGCACUUUUACAAUAUGUUGGUUUAUUUAUUAAUGGUUUCUGUUUUGGCUUAAUUAUAUCGAUAACAACGUUUACGAUAUUAGACAUGAAAAAUUAUGCGAAUGGUGUUUCAACUUCAUUUUGGCUACCUAUUGGUCUUAUUUUAUUAUUAGGCUUAAUAUGUGCUAUAAUAACAUUAAAAUUUCAAAAGACAAUGUUAAUUGUAACAUCGUCUUGUUUAGCAGGUGUAUGUCAUACACUUGUUUUAGAUUAUUUUCUUCAAUCAUCUGUUUUAUUUGAUUUUGUUCGUAAACGUUUACUGUUUGAAUCGACGGCAAUGUUGUGUAUUCGUCAUUGGCUUAUUGCUUUGAUUUUACCUAUAGUUUUAUUAUUGGGAAUUUUUAUUCAAUUUACAUGUACAGGAAAAAAUUACGAUCAUAGAGAUUCAUGGCAGAAAGCUAUUAGUGCCGGGAAGAAACGAUAUAAAACAGCUAAUUUUAAAAAAAUUCGACACCAUUAUAAUCAAGACACACUCCGUGAACAUAUUAUUCCUGAUGAAAGUAAUCGUUUUCGUUAUUUCUAUCAUAUACGACGAGCCAAUGGCGAUGCACUAUCAUCGGAUUUCAUACAAAAUAUGCGUCAACAAAAUUCCGCUACAGUUCAUUUAACUGCUAAUAAUAACAGUAAUAACAAUAAUAAUAAUGCUAGUCAACCUGUUGUAUCAUCUACUGAUGCGACAACAACAAUAACAACAACAGUAGGACCAAAACGAAAGGAUACAGACAGUACUACAACGACAUUAACUCAUUUAAUGUGA